AAAUUGAGAAAGGUAACAGGCGAAUGCAGGAUAGUAGUGCUCUGACUCUCUGAGGCAUGUCGUCCCUAGAGAAGCUGUACGUGCAAGGCAUCAGGAGCUUCGGCCCCGAAAAAGAAGACGCGGGCUUGAUUAAGUUCUCAUCGCCUUUGACCCUCAUCCUGGGCGAGAACGGAUGCGGGAAGACGACUUUGAUCGAGGCGAUCAAGUUCGCGACCUGCGGCGAACUACCGGCCGGCCUCAAGAGCAGCAACGCCAACUUCGUACACGACCCAAAACUUUCAGGGUCUAUGGAGGUUAAAGGUCAGGUAAAACUCCAGUUGAAAGACUUAAACGGAAAGACUUUGAGCGUAACGCGUAUAGUAUCUGCUUCCCAAAAGUUAAGAAAGACUGAGUUCAAACGCAUCGAUCAGGCAAUCAACCGCAAAGCUGAUGACAAUACAUGGACUACAAUAAGUGGCAAGUGUGCCGACAUUGAUCAAGAAAUGUGCCAAGCGCUUGGAGUGAGCAAAGCUGUACUCAGCAAUGUCCUACUUUGCCAUCAGGAAGAUUCUAACUGGCCUUUAGAUGAAGACACUAAAGUAAAAGCUCAUUUUGAUGAGAUAUUCGGCCAAACUAAAUACACUAAGUGCCUUGACCAGGUGAAGAACCUCAGGAAACAAUACGUUCAAGAUGAAAAACUGUUAAAUAGGGACGUCGAAAGUUUGUCGCAGACGACGAAAGAUGUUGCUCAGAAAAGGAUCGAUCUUGAGAGCGUCCAAGGCAGACUUUUCGAAUAUAAAAAUAAAUUGGAUGCAUUUGAAGCAAGCCUGAAUCCUAUCAAAAACCGUUUAAAGGAACUUGCAAUCAAGGAAGAUCAAAUCGCUGAUUUGAAGACAGAACAAGAGACGCAGAGGACAAAAUUACAAGGCGUGAGAGUGACGAUUGCAGAAUACAAAAAACAGAUUCAACAUGAAUUCAAAGGGACGAUUGAACAGCUGAAAGAGGCCAUCAGUAAUUUUGAACAAGAAAAAGGUGAAAAAGAAGAACAUCUCGAAGAGGUUGAAAGGCAAGAAGAAGAGUUAGUAGAGGAAAUGAAGAAAAACCAACAGUUUAUGAAUGAUGAGCAGUUCAAAAUUGGCCAACUACUCAGGGAUAUGGAAAAGAAUAAAGAGAAGCUUGAGAAACGGAACAAAUCAAUUCUCGCUCUCUCAGAAGAUUUGGACAUAACAACGACCAUUUCACAGCUUUCCCAGUCAGACGAAAUCCAACGGGUGUUCUAUUCGGUCGAACAGUGCAUGUCUGAACUAGAAGAUCAAAUUAAAAAAUUGAAGGAGGAACAGAAGCGCAAAGUUUCUGAGCUUCAGUCUGAAAUAGACAGCAUGCGAGAAGAAAAGGCUAAAAUUGAUCAGAAUAUAGUCAACCAGAAAAAACAGUUAGACUCAAACAAAAAAGAACUUCAGAAAGUCAAAGAAGACAUUUUUGAGGCUGACCAAUCUGCCGACAUGUUAGGCGAGCUGCAAAAUAAACUUGAUAGGGUUAAAAAAGAGAUAGAGGCUUUAAAUAAUAACAGCAGCGGUCAAGACAUAGAUGUAGAAAUAAACAAUGCUGACAAGGCUAAAGAAAAGCUGGAAGACGAAAUGGCUAUGCUGGAACGAGAAAUUCAGAGCCUGCAAUCUCUCACUUCCAUACAGGCUCAGCUAGAUAUAAGCAAACCAGCCAAGGCGGUGAAAGACGCCGAAAUAAAAAAAAUGAAAAGUCGUCAUGAAAAAGCACUUAAACAUCUUUUAUCUGAUGUGCCAGAGCAAGGGAUAAAAUUUCAGUUAGAAGCCUGUUUAGACAAGCUGGCAGAUGAAAUUAAGACAAAGACAGAAGAGUUGAAGACGAAAGAAAAAGAACUCGCUGGUAAGGAGGCCGAGCAGAAGCAUUUAAACGAAAAGCUCAAAUUGGCCAAGCAGACACUGGAAGCGGAUCAGUUUUCCAUAAGCCAGGCCUGCAACGGCCAGGAUUACGACAGCUACCUCUCGGAAAUGGCUCAAAAACUCCAAGACCUCCAGGAUCAAAAGGGAAAUUUAUCGUCUUCGGAAUUCAUGUUCCGAAAAUAUGUACAAAAGUUGCAAGAGCGAGAUCCGUGCUGUCCACUUUGCAAUAGAGAAUUUACAGCUGAAAAUGAAGUCACAUCAAUCAUUAACGAGUUAUCUAUUAAAGUUAAAGAGGUUCCUACGAAGUUGAGAGAGAACAAAAAUAAUUUAAACGCCUGUCAGGAAAAGUACAACAGUUUGUUACAAUUGAAACCAAAAUAUGAAAAAUUGUCUGUGAUGAAAAGUACUGAAAUUCCUACCCUCGAGGAAGAAGUGAGGAAGUCGGAAAAAAAAAUUUUAGCACUCAAAGAAUCGAUUAUAUUGUUGUCAAAUGAGAUCGAAGGUCCCCAGUGUGAUGAGGCGAUGGCCAAGGGUAUGCAGAGCGACAUCGUACUGCUCGAACAGCUCAUUUCAGAGAGCAGGAAACUGGACAGAGAGAUACAAAAGUUGUCGGCCAAAAUGCCAGCGGGUACGAAGCGUUCGCUCGACGAUGCUCUCCAGGCGCAGAGGGAACUAAGGACGUCGUUACAGAAUUCAAGGAGAACUCUCGAGUCCCUCAAAAACAAGAAGAUGGACAUCAACGUGAAAAAGAACAAACUUCAAGAGCAGAAGAAUGCCAUACAAAGCCAACAGUUAAAAAUCAGCGGGAACGUCCAAAUGAGGGCACAGCUCGCCGAGAAAAGGGAAGAGCUCGAAAGCUUGGAAAUAACCUUGCAGACUGAAAUAGAAAAAAACAAUGAGAACAUGGCGAUGUACACGAGAAAGUUGGAUCAGUACUUGAGGCAGAUGAAAAAUUUAGAAACUUCCAAUCUCUCCGCAGUCGAUUUAAAAUCAUCUAGGUUAAAGGAAAUAGAACAAAGAUACAGAGAGUUGAGGAAUGAACACCAGUCCAUCCUUGAAUACGAAAUGUCAGGAGGCGCCAAAAAACUCGAAACCUCGCAGAAAAAUCUUGCCAGCUUACAAAAAGAGCAUGAUACUCUAUCCCUGAAAAAAAUAUCUCUAGCUGAUCAAAAGGAUAAACUAAAGACCGACCUAUCUUCCCAUACGGUGAGACAAAGGGAGUUGGAUGACAAUUUGAAACUCAGAGAAAAACUCACAGAAGAAAAAGAAUUGAAAGAAAGCGUACAGAAGUUGAACCUACAAAUCGGCAACCUUGAUUUCAAGACUAUAAACGAAGAGAAACAGAAAUGUAACGAAGCUGCUCAACGAUUGAUCAAAGAGAAAGCAGAGGCAGAAGGGAGUAAAAGAGAACUUGAAAGGAACAUCGAAACGAUAAAGAAAGAAUUAGACAGGCCGCAUUAUAAAAACGCCGAUAAGAACUAUCGUGAAAAAGUGAUCGAAGUAGAGGUAUUUAGAAAAGUUUCCAAUGAUUUGAACAUUUACUACAAGGCACUUGAUUGGGCCAUGAUGAGUUAUCAUCAUAAAAGAAUCGAGCAUAUCAAUUCAGUGAUAAAAGAGCUUUGGAGGAAAAUUUACUGCGGUAAUGAUAUCGACACGAUUGAAAUCAAAGCAGAAGCUGAUCAAUCCGCAUCAGCUGAGAAGCGUAGGCAGUUCAAAUACAGGGUCGUUCAGGUGAAAAACGGAACCGAACUUGAUAUGCGGGGGAGAUGCAGCGCUGGUCAGAAAGUCCUGGCCUCGCUUAUAAUAAGAAUCGCUCUUGCUGAAACGUUUAGCUCGACCUGUGGAGUUCUAGCUCUCGAUGAGCCGACUACGAAUCUUGACCAUCAGAACAUAAUCAAGCUCAGCGAAGCUCUGGCAGAAGUUGUUAGGACACAAUGCAACAGAAGGAAUUUUCAACUGAUUGUGAUUACCCACGAUCAAAGUUUCCUAAACAUUUUGUCCAAGGUCGGUCACUUAGACCAUUAUUAUAAAUUGGAAAGGACCCAUAAGGGAAAGUCAAAAGUUACACAAAUCCUUCUGUAAAGCCAGUUCCUCCGUAAAAUUCAUCCCAUCACAUUUCACUUGUGAUAUUACAUAAAUUGUAUUUUUUGUGUUUUUGUUUUGUUAAAUAAAAGUUUUUGCAUAUUA